CGGCGAGGAAACGACGCGUCAUUUCCGCAGGUCACGUGACAGCGCCACUUCCAGGCCAGGCUCCGGACGGGGCACUGCUACGAAGCACCGGCGGGCCACGAACUCGAGACGCGCGACCACACUCGGUGCCGCCCCGACCCAGUCGUAGUGGAAGUGUCUGCCCGGCAGUCGAGGUCGUGUCGGCACACUCCAGGUCCUGUCGUGUCCAAUCAGCUCAAAAAGGAGAAGAAAAAAACCGAACCCAGGGCUAGCUUCGCGGCGGGCUGUGCUAGCUUGGGCUAGCUAGCGACGACGACGUCGCACGCGGAGCGCGGGGCUACGGACGUGGCGGUCGGUGGCCGGCAGGUGCAGAAGCCGCAGUCGCAGUCGGUGGCCGUCGCGCCGGGAGCGCCGCGAUGAACGUGGCCAAGAGCGGCUACCGUGUCUUCUCGGCCAACUCGUCCGCGGCGUGCACGGAACUGGCCAAGCAGAUAACGGAGCGACUGGGAGUCGAGCUGGGCAAGUCUGUGGUCUUUCAGGAAUCUAACAGAGAGACGAGAGUGGACGUAAAAGAGUCUGUUCGUGGACAAACUAUCUUCAUCAUCCAGACAAUACCACGAGAUGUCAACACGGCCAUCAUGGAGCUGCUGGUUAUGGCCUACGCCCUGAAGACGUCCUGCGCAAAGAACAUCAUCGGAGUCAUUCCCUACUUCCCCUACAGCAAGCAGUGCAAGAUGAGAAAGAGGGGCUCGAUCGUGAGCAAGUUGUUGGCGUCAAUGUUGGCUAAAGCAGGGUUAACACACAUCAUCACCAUGGACUUGCAUCAGAAGGAGAUCCAAGGCUUCUUCAGCUUUCCAGUGGACAACCUGCGUGCCUCCCCGUUUUUGAUUCAGUACAUCCAAGAGGAGAUUCCCGAUUACCGAAAUGCCAUCAUUGUGGCAAAGUCCCCAGCAGCUGCGAAAAGGGCUCAGUCCUACGCAGAGCGCCUGCGUUUGGGUCUGGCUGUGAUUCACGGCGAGGCGCAGUGUUCCGAGUCCGACAUGGCCGACGGAAGACACUCGCCACCGUGCGUACGCAACACCACUGGUCACACCGGACUGGAGCUACCUUCAGGCAAACAACAAGCCCCGUUCCCUGGCAUAGAGCUCCCAAUGAUGAUGGCCAAGGAGAAACCUCCCAUCACUGUAGUCGGAGACGUGGGAGGCAGAAUUGCCAUCAUUGUGGAUGACAUUAUAGACGAUGUAGGAGACUUUGUUGCCGCUGCGGAGAUCCUGAAAGAGAGAGGAGCCUAUAAAAUAUAUAUCAUGGCCACACAUGGUUUAUUGUCUGCUGAUGCUCCACGCCUCAUAGAGGAAUCUGCCAUCGAUGAGGUGGUGGUGACCAACACCGUACCUCAUGAAGUGCAGAAGCUCCAGUGUCCCAAAAUCAAGACUGUGGACGUCAGCAUGAUUCUGGCCGAGGCCAUCCGCCGCAUCCACAAUGGCGAGUCCAUGGCCUACCUGUUCCGCAACAUCACUGUGGACGACUAGAGGGUCUCAGAGGGUGGGGGCUGAGGUGGGUCUGAUGGGGACUGAGGGCCGGUGCACUAUUUGCCAGUCCCAUAAAAACACGAUAAGGAUCACACAUUGUCCUUAUUACUUACAAGAAAUUGAAAUGUAAAACUUACCCAAAGUUAUUUAUCUUGGCAAAAAGCUGUAAAAAAUGUAUUUCUUCUGUAAAGUUAAGAAAUGCUUCUUGUCCUUAUUUCGUUAAGGAUGAUUUAAAAAAAAAAAAGCAAACAAGUGACGUUGAGCUUUGAUGCAUUCAGUCAUAUUUUUGAAGUCUUAUUUCUGCUGCUCUUAUUGACCCCCCCAACACGAACAAACGAUGCUUUGUAUUUAAGAAGAUGUUUUGUCAUAAAAUGCGGUACCUCUAUUUAACGAUUGAGUUUCAACGAAAGUAUUUUUCAAAAGCUCCUGCUAGUCGUCAUGAUCAGAGCUGCUCAGCAUGUUUGUUAUCACAAUGCAAAUGGUGGGGUGCGUUGUUUCAGACCACAUAGAUGAGGCUGCACUACUCCUGCUCGUCGAUGCCCAAACUACUGAACAUUUGUAUGCACCUGUCUUUGUGGGAAAGUUUGGUCAAAUGUGGCAUGACAAGUUUUUCAUCAUCCAGUUUACACUGUAUUACUUACAUGGUCUGUUGAACUUAAUUAUAAGAAUAAUAGCCAGCCAAGAAUACGGUUUAGGUUUUAUUUGCUGCUAUAUUAAGAAGUCUAACUUUGACAUUCCUGCUGUUACCCCAGUGCAAUUAUCGGUGAAUGGGACUCAGAGCCUCAGUUCUCUUGGUUUUCAGUUCAAAGAUUUGAAAAGUAUAUUUUUACAAGAGCACAAGAGCCAAAGCUGAAGCGAGCCCCCACUUAUAUGCUGUUUCACCUUAAAACUUGCAUUCCCAUCUGGCCUAAAUAUUUUUAAAUGUCAUUAAUUUGUGAUGAUAUGACUAAGGUUUGACUCAAAAGGUCGACAGUGGUGAAUCUUCAAAAAUAGAUUUCCUGGAGUUCAUGCAAAUACAUCUAUAUAACUCUUUGACUAAUCCUGCAAACUUCUGGCGGAGGUGAUAGAACUGCCAUGUAAACAGUGAGGGCUGUGGAAAUAAAAUUGAAUUCACAUGCAUUGUACUGUGGUGGCAGCAGAACUCUUACGGUGGAUGGCUACAUAUUACAGGCACUUAAACGGAAAGUAAGUUUUUCUUGUGAUUUGGGUGAAUUGACCCUUUAAUGUGCUACGGUUAUAUAGAAAUUGACUGAACAUACAUCGUAAGACACUGUGCUUGUUUCAAUUGGCUGAAAGUAACUGUUAUUUGACAAUGAUAUGCACGAACCUGCUUUGGUUCAAUGAAGUUAUUGUUUUGAUCACAGUUGCAGUGUCUGGUAGGUGCUACCUGCUGAUGUGAUUUGAAAUGUCUUCUGGGUAAUGGUCGGGUGGUAUGUGCGGCCUACUUUCCGGAGGCUACGUUAACACAAUUGUAUUACUUGGAAGACUAUGGUCAUAUGUUUUAAAAUGCAAGCCGGAGCCAUGUGUGGUGUCUGCAGUUGCUUACCUAGAAUUUCAAAAGUUCCUAGUUGGACUCUCAAAUCUACCACACGAGUAGACUUUGUAUUGAUCCAUGCUUCGAGAUGUAGUACCUUGCACUAUUAAAAUGAAAAGAAACCAAUACCUGCCUGGAAGAUAUGUGCACAACAAAACUACAGCAAAAAAUGUCAGCAGCAGUUUAUAGUAAAUUGGCCUCCUUUUUUUUUAACUUAUGGCUGAGCAAUGUUAAAAGUGCUUUAUAAAUAGAACAUGUGAUUGAUGUAACUGAAACAUGUGAACAGCAGGAUGGUCUUAGUGUAGGAAUGACUGUGGUAUCUCCCCGUAAGAACCUGCACUUUUGAAGCUCUGAGUGAAGCUCAAGGGGAGUUUGAUAUGUACCUAUGCUAAUAGACCCUUUUGCUCAGGGAAAUAUGCUUUACAAGCUAAUGCACACUUAUUUGUUUUUCCAUUCUUGUUGAUUUAAAAAAAAAAAAAAUGUUGUGUGCCGCCCAUUUGCUUUUUACCAUUUGUUUUGUUUAGUUAUGGAUACUAAAUCCUUCUGAUGUGCUAAUGGUUUGGUAUUUGACCCCUGUAUCUAAUCCUGAAGCUGCCAGCUCAUGUAAGCACUCCGUUAUGAUCUCUUCUGUUUAUGUUCUCUUCUCCCGACUUGUCUGCGAUGUCAAUGUUAUACACUUCAGGCUCUAACCCUCCUCUGUCUGCCUCCAUAGCGUUUGUCAAUGUCUAUGAAAAUAAAACGGUUUCUUCUUGUG